ACUAGAUGACGCUGUUUCUUCUUCAACAUAACACUCUUUGUCUUCCAUUUUCCAAUUCCUUUUUAUAUGAUCACAGGACAAGUGAAAUUACAGAUUCAUCAUGCAGAUAUUUGUUAAAACCCUAACAGGGAAGACCAUCACGCUUGAAGUCGAGGCGUCGGACACCAUCGAAAAUGUUAAAGCAAAAAUUCAAGAUAAAGAAGGGAUUCCACCAGAUCAGCAAAGAUUGAUCUUUGCUGGAAAACAAUUGGAAGAUGGUAGAACUUUGUCUGAUUAUAAUAUUCAGAAGGAAUCUACAUUACAUUUGGUGCUUCGUUUAAGAGGCGGAGCCAAAAAGCGCAAGAAGAAGAAUUAUUCGACUCCCAAAAAAAUCAAGCACAAGAAGAAGAAGGUUAAACUCGCUGUAUUGAAAUUUUACAAGGUGGAUGAGAACGGAAAAAUCCAUAGAUUGAGAAGAGAAUGUCCUAUGGAGCAGUGUGGUGCAGGAGUCUUUAUGGCCGCAAUGGAAGAUCGUCAUUAUUGUGGCAAAUGCGGCUAUACUCUUGUAUUCAAUAAGCCCGAAGAUAAAUAAAUACUGAAUUUAAAAAUU